UUAGAAAGAAAAGGGAGCAAAGGAAAGGGAAAAGAAGGAAAGGAAAGAGAGAAAGUAAAGUCGGGCGUAGGAGAGAAAAGAUAUAUAGUGAAGGAGAGAAAGAAAGGAAAAGUGCGAGAGAAAAGAGAGAAGAAAGGGAAGGAUGCUCAAUCGUCGCCGGAAACCGCCGGACUGGGUCCCACACCGGAGGUAGAACGCCGUCGCUGUUGUAGGAGUAACUAGUGCCGGAGGAGGAAAAAUGCCGCGGUGAUUGCUAGGCUACGUCUCCGAGUCUCCGUCUAGUCCUCAGAUUAUCAACCGGCCAUCUCUUCCAUCGUGAAGGAGUUAAAAGGUGGUUGCGGUGAAGACUGAAAUAACAACUUGAAUAUGAGUGAAACGAGUCGAGGAAUAGAGGAUCAUAUUGAAGUUGCUUUCGAGAGCUUCCGCUAUAACACAUAGACUAAAGUUGAUUGAGUAAUUUAUUUUGUUUUUAAUUUUAAGGAAUUGUAGUUGAACAAUUAAUUAUGGAAAAAUUUAAUUGUUGGUGGUGGAUAGCCUGUGCACUCAGUUAUGUGAGAACCGAGUGUGGCGGUAACACCCCUUAUUUCCAUUUAAAUUUCCGCUGCACAAUUCUGAUGUUUUCAAAUAAAGUUUAAAUUCCUUUGAAUAAAUCAUUAUUUAAAGGUAUUUUUGGGAGGGAAAUUUGGGGGUGUUACAGCUAAUUUCCAUAUGCUUGUUUUGGUAGUGUUGGCUUUGUUGAUUUUAGGGAUGAAUACUACACGAGUUGUGUUUGAUCCGGGUGGAACAAUGUCGGUUUGGCUUUUGGUGGAAGGGGAGAAUUUGAAGUCCAUCAAGGUGGGUGAGGGAUUGGCGCGUAUGAUCCGGCCGCCUCAGGUGGUGGAGGAAGAAGAUGAUAUGAGGAAGCUUCAUCCCCCUCCCGAACUGCCGCCAUCGAAGAAGUGCUUAAUUAGGCUCUGGAAUAUGGUGCUUGGAAAAUGGUCUUCACUGUUCUACAAGCUGAAGUUUGGAGGGAUAAAUGAGGCAGGAGGCCAUGAAGACUUUAAUUAUUCCUAUAUUUUUUUCCUUUUCAAUUGCUCAUGUUGCUUUUACUUUCGUUAUGACCUCUAGAUGUAGGUUGGGAGCUUGGUUUUUAUAUUUUACUCAGGAUGUACUACGGGUGGAAGCGAUAAGGCUUGUUUGGUCGUUAAAAACUUCGAAGCUCUCACAUGGUUCGCGAAUAGUUUCGCUCCUUUCGGGGUGGUCUAUUUUAUGUCUAGCCAGAGAGUGGGGGGCCUUUUGGCUAUGCAGGGCCUCAUGAGAAGGUUUGGCGAUGUAUGUUGGGA